CAAUGCACUCGGCAUCGCCAAAAAUAUGAUAAGAGCAGCGCGAGUGUUGUGUUGUCGAUACGCGAGUGCUGGCAAAGAGAGGAGUAAAUUGAGCGUGAAAAGCCCUUCCCCGCACUCUGUGAAUAUAUAUGGCAAAUUAAUAAGGCAGCUCGUGUGUCAGCAGCCCAAUUAAUUAGCCACCAUAGAUUAAUUCCUGCCCCGCCGAGGCCUUCGCGCGCGGGAUGAUUUAGUGUGGUGGAGAACAUACAUAGGAAAGUGCAUUCGCAGGAACUGCGAUCUUGUGGUGAAAAUGCUCUCGUGAAAUUUGAAGUGCGAAGUCACGCUAAAUAUAACCCUCCCCUCUCGACAAGUUUUGUGAACGAUUGAAAAUUUUACAUGUUAAUAAAGAAUUUUCAGAGAUGUUGAACUUGCUAUAAGGCGACGCUGUACUUGUGGUGGUGUUUACAUCUAUAAAUAAAAGCCGUGAAAUUUUCUGAAAAUCAUCCAGCCACUUUCAACCCCCCGCGCGCGCGUGAGGUCUGCUUCGCAUGGGACAAAGACAGGCUUAUUGACAAAACCAAAUUUCUAGCCAAAUUCCCAUCGAAGCUGAGCCGCACUCACUCGUGUUUCCGCUCGUCUUUCACAUGAGGAAUGGCAGCGAAAAUAUCACCACCGUCAGCUGUUGAAGUGAAGAAGGAGAUUCCCAACGAUGAAAUUAAGGACUUUGCUGAGACUGCGAUGAAUGAAUUACUGGGUUGGUAUGGUUAUGAGAACAGCAGCGGAGAUCGCGCAAAGGUUAUCAAUUUGAGACAAGUCAGAAGUCAGAGUUCAACGCCAGAACACGACAGUGCCAGGGAGGAUUCCAGAAGUCCAAUGACUGCAUCAGAAAAAGAAGUGAUGGACUGUGGCUGGUGCCGGAGACCAAUGGCCCACCACUCGCCUGGAUCCCUGGGCACCCCCGAGGGUCCGCGCUACUGUUCCGAGUCGUGCUUCUCGCAGAGCCGUCGCGCCUCCUUCAAGCGCGCCAAAACCUGUGAUUGGUGUCGUCACGUGCGACACGCCGUGAGCUAUGUGGACUUCCAGGACGGCGCGUCACAGCUGCAGUUCUGCAGUGACAAAUGUCUCAACCAGUACAAGAUGCAAAUCUUCUGCAAGGAAACGCAAGCCCACCUCGACAUGAACCCGCACCUCAAAGACAAGGGCGCCGGCGGCAGUGGCAAUCUCAUCACGCCAGAUCUCUGGCUCAGGAACUGCCGCAGCCGUUCCGCCUCGCCCGCUAGCAAACGCAGCCGCUCUGGAUCACCAAUCAGCGUAGGAACGCCCAGCCUCUCGAAUGUGGUUCCAGCGCCGCGGCCGGUCAUCACUCUGGCGCCCCCUUCGAAGCUCCUGAGCAACCCAAUCGGCAUGCCAAGCAGCGUCAGGACGUCCAUGAAGGGACUGAAGAAGAGGCGUUCAGCGCGAGUGCAGAGCAUGAACUCCAGCAACAAUAAUCUCCAGAUUAUAGACAGCAACUCGGCGCCUAGUCAAAAGCCCUGCACACUAACAACUGGUGCUCAAGACCUACGACUGCAUCAAAUGUCUCCCAUCGUCCAUCAUGCCGUGCCGCCAGAGCAGACACGCACUGUUCUGCCACCGCAGCCACCCAGUGUUCUGCAACACCAUCCUUUCCUACCUCCGCCGCCCAACCUCUAUCCUCUGAGAUCCCCUCACUUGCCGCCUCCCUUUCCACAUCUUGCGCACCUUCCUACCGACGAUAGACCCCUUCCAUUCGGCCCUCCGCCGCCGCCAGUCACUAUCCUGGUGCCGUACCCCAUAGUCCUGCCCUUGCCCAUACCUAUUCCCAUCCCCAUCCCGCUCUCCCACUUUGCGAAGCUGAGUCAACCCGCCGAGAGCUCCGCAGGAGCGUCCAGCACGGCUGACAAAGAACAGAGAAGCCCGGAAGCCAGGGACGUCGACAGUGAUGAAUGUCCUGAUCAGCCACUGGACUUUACAACGGCCAGAACCGAGGUGAAAGACCCCGAACCGGAAGCAGAACUGCCCGAGGAGCAGAAGCUGCCAAGACUGAAGAUCACGCGAUUGCAGACGAAACGAAACGUUGCCAGGGAGCUCGAGAACAACCGGCCAUUGCGGAAGCGAAAGCAAGUCAUCGACGCUUCCAAUCACUAGAGAGUAGAGGUUGAGGGCAUCUCACAUUAAGAGUUAUUUAUUUAAUUGACUAUAUAGUUUCUGUUCUGGUUUCCCAGCCUUGAGUAUCUCUCUAUAGGUAUAUUUUGCCUUCAGUUAGGUUUUUUGUUAGAUCAACUGUAAGCUAAAGGAAGAUGAGAGAAAAUUGUAGAGAAGAGAUAAGAUAGCGCAGUUCAGAGAGACCAAUUGGCCCAGGAACAGAAUGACGGAACGACAGAGCGCGCGCUGUGAUGUUCGAAACUAAGGUAGAAACUUGCUUUAGUGAACCCAUUAUGGGGCUUAGCGAUUUAUGUGCAAAGAAAAAAACACGUAGAAUUUUCCGCAAGGAAACUUAACUUCUAUCCACAACCAAAUGCAAUGUAAUCUUGAUUUUGCAAUAUCUUCCCAUGUCAAUGUUUCAAUCUAGUAGAGCAAAUAGCAGUUUAUUUCUGUAGGUCACUUGAGGGAUUCACUCCUAGCAAGAAUUUUCUAUUUUCGACUAUGUUCUCCGUGUAAUAAUCUUCUGAAUAAAAGAAUUACACAGGAGAAUCUUUAUGUUUUCAUUGCUUCAUGGUUAUAAGAAAAAUCUACGUAUAAAACGACGUAAUUGGUUUUCUAAGCAAAUAUUCGCAAUGUCUAACGCUGAUGGUAUCAACAAUAUAUAUUUAAUUAUAUGCC